CGUCCCGUACGCACGUGUGUUGAGGUCGCGAGCGAGACCGCCGUUACGAUAUAACUAACCUGUAGUAUCAAAGUUAAACAUAUCACACACAAGUUUCUAAGUGAAACCUUAAGAAAUACAAGUGUGAAAACUGCAUCCGAUUUGGUGCAAUAGUUUAUCGGUGACCACCGUCAAGGAUCCAUGAAAAUUGAAAUCAGAGAGGUCACAACAAAGAAAGUAGUGGCAACGAGACAUUUAACGGAUAUCGUUAAAGACAAAAAUCAACAGUACAAUUUUAGAACAAAAAAAUCAAAUACUAUUGGUAUAAAUGACAAUCAAAAAGGUGAAAUAUCUACAGAUGUAAAAGCAAAUAGUAAUAAUAAAGUUAAACCAAAAAAAGUUGUACAAAACAAUACAAAUAAAAGCAAAGAAGACGCCGUCACAAAACAAAAACAUUACACUAAUAUAAAAGCGAUACUUGAGAAUUCUAACGCAACUAUUAUUAGGCAUCGUGGCGGAAUUGGUUACGCCUGCGGUUAUUGUAUCAAACAAUACCCGGAUGCUGCAGAUCUGAAGAGACAUUCCUUGGAGACACACGACGACGUUAGUCUUUGUUAUUUUGUAAAUAAUAUGACAUUGAGCAAGUAUAUCAUUAAGUUAGAUAUUACGUCUCUUCGCUGCAAAUUAUGUGAUACUAACAUUAAACGUUUGGAGGACCUUAUGACUCAUCUACAGAAUACUCACAAGGUUAAAACAUUUACCGAUAUAGACAAUCAUAUAAUACCGUUUAAAUUCGAAUCGAAAAAUCUUACAUGUGCCUUAUGCGAAAACGGAGUGCCGUUCCAUAAAUUCAAGUCUCUGCUAGAGCAUAUGACGGUACAUUACAGGAAUUACGUAUGCGAGGACUGUGACGCAGGCUUCAUUAACUUCGAGCAAUUAAGACAACACAGAUCCGUGCAUGAGUCCGGAAGUUAUUCUUGUAACAAAUGUAAUAAAGUGUUUAACAAUACUAGAAAAUUGAAGGCGCACAUCCGAGCUGUUCACGUUAUGAAGUCGCAACCUUUAAGCAAAUGCGGCUACUGCAAUCAAGCGUUCCUGUAUUUUCACACGAAAGAGAAACAUUUACAAGAAGUGCACGGCGUCCAAAUUGCACGAAUCAAGUGCCAAGCUUGCGAUAGAUCGUUCUUAACUCGUUCAAAUUACACGAAACAUAUGAAGUUGAAUCACUUGAUGUUGCGUCCACAUGCGUGCACGCAAUGUGAUAAGGCGUUUGCAUAUUUGGCCCAAUUGAAAGAGCACGAGAGAAGAGUGCAUAUGGGAUUAAGAUUGUACAACUGCGAUGAAUGUUUGAAGACAUUUUCAACGAGGAAGGCGUUGCAACAACACAUGCGUAUUCAUACAAAUGAUCGUAGAUUCAAAUGCAAUGUUUGCGGACAAGCGUUCAUAGCGAAGAUCAGUUGGCGGGGACAUAUGAGGUCUAAACAUGGGGAAGUAGUUUAAUAUUUUUUCGCGCGAGAGUAAUCUUACUAUUAUAAUGAAAUUGUAACUAGUCGAUGUCUGUACAUGAGAGAUGUUUAGGAAACACUGCUACAGGAAUUCUUGAUAGGAGCAAUAGUAGCCGAAGCUAUUUUCUUUUUUAGUUUUUGACUGAUUUUAUGUUUUGGCGUCAAGCAAAGGUCACUACACCAAAUCGAUCCAGUGGUGUUUCUGUCUUAAUGUAUGUUUUAUCUUGUAGGAUUGAUAGUAGUAUUUAUCUUGUAAAUAUUUUUAAUCAAUAAUUAAAAUUCAUAAAUUAUUUUACAAUAAAACAAAUAAAUUUUUGAAUCAAUUAACAAAACACUCUCCGGUCGCUGGCCCGUGCGCGGUAUGCGCGCGCAGCCAACAAAGCGCCUGCGCGACUUACGCGCGCAUUUUGCGAGUCCCGUGAUCAA